AUUACGAAACGGGUUGUUUUAGAAACGCACUGUAAACUGGUGUCUCCAUGAAGAGCUUGCAGGAUCUGAGCUGACAUUCCUGCGUGUAAGGCUGGAAAUUGAAGACACGUGAACAAAACGAGACUGCAGAGCACGGAUCGAAGUGGCAGCAAUCGGAGAGACCCCCGAUAACAAAGGUGACCGCGGAGCGCUCACUCAAAAAACGUGCCUCGCUUACAGGAGAUACUCGACCACGUUAUUGCUUUUUCUUAAAAUGGGACCGGUCCGUUUUUGAGCAGCAGUUCUAUGACAGUGGUGAUUGUUACUAAAGCAACGUUGUAAAACACAAAUUAAUUCUCAUCAAACGAAGGAACUUUCUAAACUGACUUCUCUGCACCAACCACUUCACAUCUGAACACUUCGGAUUCUUUCCGUGAAUGAGUGGUAUAUCAGUCCAUGAGGAAGACCGUAAUUGGGAAGCGCAGAAACUUGCCAGAAGGAGCACAGCUAUGGAUGACCGCAGGUCAAGAGGGAGCUAAGUUGGAAAGUCGAGACCUGAGAGAGAGAGACGGAAGUUCUCCUGUGAAGGUGCAGAGUGACGUGGAGGGAGACUGUGAUAUCUGAUUGCUCGGUCACAGCGACUGCUGCUCUUCACUCAAGUUUCUCUUUGUAAAGACUGCAUGAAGAAACCAUCCAGAAGUGGACUGCAGACCAACACCACAGCUAAAGUGGUCACUUUUACAAGGAAAUAAAUACAAAGGCUUGUAACCAAUCAAGAAGAAGAUUUCAUCUUGUGGAUACGCUUGCAUCUUGUCCACCGAGAAUGCCAAUCCUGAAGCCCUCCCGCAGCUCUGGGAAUGGAGUUGGAGGUUCCCAGCGACGAGUCCGGCUGAAUGCCGCCAUGAUUUCGGCUCCACUGGGAGAUUUUAGGCACACCAUGCAUGUGGGCAGAGGUGGGGAUGCAUUUGGAGACACCUCGUUUCUAUCCAAUCAUGGCCCAGCAAAGGAUCCUGAAUCCCCCCAGCUCACCCCGUCCAAUAACAACAAUCACCACACUCCGCCUAUGUCUGCCAGAAAUCCUGAAAAUGAAGUUGAUUCUUUCAAUGCCAGCGUCAAAACAAAAGCCACCAACAACAAUGGGAUCUCGAAAAGUGGAGAUAUGGAAAAAGUGAGUGAUGGGGGAUUUGGGAGAAAAGAAGAGUGCAAUGUAGUGGAAGGGAUGUCCAGUUUCUAUUCCUACACUAGCCCCCUCAACUCCCCCCUCAAACAUUCUGAAUCCAUUCUGUCCUUCAGCCUGGAUCUUGACUUGGGCCCCUCCAUGCUGGGAGAUGUACUGGGAGUGAUGGAGAAGGAAGGCGGUGGGGUGAGGGAUAUGGAGUGGAUGGAUGAGAACUGUUUUCCAGAAUUAAGCCCUUUCCAAGAAGGGUCAAUCAGAAGAGAAGGGACAGCCCAGGAUCAGUGGAGUACAAGACUGGCAAAGCCAGAUGGACAGGAAGCCUCCCUUUCACAAGACGCUGAGUCAGCCAAUGGGACUGAAAUAUUUGCUGACUCCACCCCCACUGAGAGCCCGGACCACACCCCCACUAACAGGAGUCACACCUCCUCGGUGAGCUCCGAGUAUGAAGGGGUCACUGAGAAGAAGCCCAUUCGGGCAGGUAGUCAGUCCUCCGCCCAUCGGUCAGAAUCUGAAGGAGAGGAGAGCACCCACAGCUACACAUUUGAAGACGAGAUCGACGAGAUGGAUGAUGAGAUUGGCCUGUGAAACGGGGCAAGAAACCCAACUGUGGAUUACAAUGCAAACCAUUUCUUUGAACUGACGCAAGUGAAGUGCCAAAGAGACCACACUGAGUGGGGUGGCAGAAAGCAGUGCUUGCAGUUUCUAAUUUGUGUUCUUUUCAUUCAAGGGAGGAAGCAAAUCAUUCCAGUAUAGUCACAUCUACUUGCAUGACAAUUUAGUUAUUUCAAAUUGUUCUAUUGUUUUAUAACUCUCUCAAUAAUUCCCCCCUUAGGCACCCUCAUGAUGUAUGUAAAAUAUAUCCAUAUGUAUUGCAUGAACACCUCCAUAGAUAUGAAGCUGAAGGGUAAAGAUGGAGUUCACACUUUCUGGUGUAUGGGCUCAUUAUAACAGUUGCCAUAAAGACUUUUGCCCGAUCCUAAGUGUAAAAUGCAUAUUUUCAAAAAUGCCCCAAAGACGCUAAAAACACUCAAUCGAGAGAUCGAAGACGGGAUGCAAAUCUCGGCAGAUGUUGUCUCCUCAUUUCCUGAUAAGCGUACAUUGGAAGUCGUACACGGAUGCGUCUUUGAUUUUUAAAUAUAACUAACUGACUUUUGGAUUUUUGAAUUCUUUUGCACAAUUUGGAGGUUUAAUGAAGCACCAUUUAUGAUGAGAUGAGAAUGGAGGAAAUCCAGCCAGUAAAUAAGAAAAAGUGAUCGGGCCAUUAGCUGUUGGGUUUGAUGCGACCAGUCGCGUUCAGAGACGCCAUUCACAGUGGAAGUCGCACGCUCUUGUUGUUAAUUUUGAAAGAGGGAUCACAUUUUUGAACCAAUAAUUCUUUCCAGAACACAAGUGAUGGGACAAAGCGGAGUCUUUUAUAAUCGACAAGGGGUAUAAGCAAGCGACCGAACUGAAAACUAAUAAGCUAACUCUAAACUCGGCUGGUUCAUUUUCAUUUUUGGGCAGAUCGCUACUGUCUAAAUUUGAAAAUGUGACCGGAUUUGGACUAUUAAACUCCUUUGAACAUA